UGUGUUCCUGCUUCACUUAUCUGUUGUUCUAAGUUCAUGUAUUUACGAAAUAAUUUUCUAAUUAGUUGUCACUCUUACUACACUUUUACCUUCUUAAGGACAUUAAAGAGUUACAAAUUUCUACCCUUAUAUAGAUGCAACGUGUACCUGCUAUAUAUAUCUGUCAUUCUUAAUUUGAUUAUUUUAAGAAAUAAUUUUCUGAUCAGUUAUCACUCUUACUACACUUCUACCUUCCUUGGAACGUUAAGGAGCUAUUAA